CUCUUCUUCUUCCUCGUCUUCGUCUUCGUCUUCCCCGCAAGUUCGAUAUGGGCCCCUAGUCGAUCUCUCCUUUUUCUUGCCUUUUCCCUUCCCCUUUCUCCCAACAGGAUCAUACAUUGAUCCCAUUCCUAUGACGUUCCUUGUUAUAUGGCAGCUCUCGAUGAUCUUCCGUGGAUAGACUCCAUGGCCCCUUCUACGUCGGCCCAGGACGGGGGUGCCGAUGCCGCCGCCUCCACUGCGCGCCCGCCUACCGUCGCCGCCUUUUCACCUACCACCAUCUCGGGCUCUUCCUUGACUUCCAAACAACGCUCGAGCAUCAUCGUCCAUCGCAAAUCUCCCCUGCUCGUCGCAACUCCGCCCCCUAUCACUCGCGCCUUGGCCUACUCCCAUCCCUUCAUCCUCCCCUUGAACAGUUUGGCCGGUCUCCUGACGUGGACGACCGGCGACUCGUGGCAGAGCUUCCUACUUCUGGCCACCUUUUGGUCCGUCGUGCUCUAUGGAGAUGCCGUCAUCUGUUGGGCCGGCCCGCCGCUGGUCGUCAUGACCCUUAUUCUGGCCAUGUACUGGCGACGGUACUCGCCCCUGUCGUCCCGCACCGUUACUACCGAGAAGAACGGUCACCAUCGGGUCGCUUCCGAUGGCUCUCUGCAUCACCAUGAUAGUCUCGACGAGAUCGUCGAGACCGUGCGCACCUUCACCACCCGCUGCAACAUUCUCCUGGAACCGUUCCUGGAAUUGACGGACUUUCUCUCCACCCAACGCUCCGCUACCUCCGCCACCACUCGUCCCGCCCUCACCACCCUCUUCUUCCGUAUCCUCUUCGUCACCCCGCUCUGGGUCGCCUUGACCGUGCCCCCCAUCAAUCUGAUCACCGCCCGCCGCGUGCUCAUGGCCGUGGGCACCGUCGCCCUGACCUACCAUUCCCGCCCCGCCCGCGUCAUCCGCGUCAUCCUGUGGCGCUCCCUGACCAUCCGCCGCAUCUGCGCCAUCAUCACCGGUCUCUCCUUCUCCACCCCCGGUGCGCCUGCUCAGGGCCCUACAAAGAGCCACGGUCACGCCGCCAGCAUCGCUACCCGGCGCCGCAGCAACUCCUCGGGCGUCCGCUUCACUUUCGUCAUCUACGAGAACCAGCGCCGCUGGCUGGGCAUCGGCUGGACCUACUCCCUCUUCCCCUCCGAGCGCGCCGCCUGGACUGAUGAACACCUAAACAACGUACCGUCCCGCGAGGAAUUCGAACUGCCCGAAGUCCAGAGUGGCAAUGCCAAGUGGCGUUGGGUGGAGGGUAGCGAAUGGCGCAUCGAUGGUGCCGACGAGUCGGGGUCCAAGGCCGACACGAGAGCCGCCGACGGCGGCGGUUGGAUCUACUAUGACAACAAGUGGAACGACGGACGUCGCGGCCAGGAUGGUUGGGACCGUUACACCCGCCGACGCAAGUGGUGUCGCGACGCCGAGCUGGUCGAGGUUGGAUCCGGCCCGGCGGACGCGACAUCCGGUUUAACCCAGGCGUUGGCCCAGGUCAAGGAGGUGGAGGGUGAAACAGCACCUACGGACGCUUCAACAGCCGAUUCCGAUGCCCACAGUCUUGCCCCGUCGACGGCAUCCGCCACCCGACGACGACGCUGGUUUGGGGGUUCGAAGAGUGUAAGCGACAAAUCCGGCAGCCUCGCAUCCGCUUCCGGGGGCCGGGAUGGCAGCAGUGUCCACGGCAGCGCCCACGGCAGUGACAGCGCCAGCCUGCGCGACAAGGAGAUCGUCCAGGCCCAAGACCGGCUGGAUCGAUGGGGCACGCGUGCCACGGGGGGCACCGAGCGGGCCGAACGAGAGAUGGGGUUAGGAGAUGAAGUGAAUAUGGGGUUAAGUUGA